AUGGAGGCUGCUGGCCUAGCUUCAAGUAUCCUGACUUUCAUCGACAUUUGUUACAAGGUAGCCAAAAGAACUUACGAAAUUUACGAAUCCGCGACGGGUGCCACAGCCGAAAACAUACACGUAGGCAAUGUCAUCAUCGACCUCGAAAAGGCUGCAGCCGAGUUGAGUCCAGUCUCCAGAGGACAUGAUGCGGAGUUGGCAAAGUUGUCAGAGCAGUGCCGAACCUUGUCAGACGAUCUCUUGAAGCUUCUUGCAGGGCUAGAGAGGCGCGAGAAAAGGUUGUUCCAGAGUUUCAAGGCCGCGAUUGCCGGUGCGCGCAAACAGAAAGAGGUCGCUUCGAUUGAGAAAAGACUGGAUCAGUACCGUCAACAGAUUAUUCUUCACUUGACACUCAAUAUUUACCGAGACCAAUCGCCCAUCAAGGCUCAACUCGAGCGAAUACGAGACGAUAGCAGUCGACUUGAAAACGAGCACGCUGCAAAGUUGGAUGCACUACACAAUCAACUCUCCGAAGUACUAGAGCGUAUGGGAACUACUAGCUCGAGACCGUUGUGGGAUCAGCAAGUUUCAAACGAUCGUGACUUCAUAAAGACACUCUCGCCUCCUGUCAACGAACUUGACCAAGACGAAUUUUCCGGAGAAGCCUCCCACAAGACACAUACAGCCAAUGAACCAUCUACACACCACAUUCAGUACCAUGCGAUUGUGGGCAAUGAUCUCAGAGAUCUCGCAAGACUUCUCCAUGAUUUCAAAUCGUGUGCCAGUACUCUCGAGGCAGAAAAUAAGAUACUUGACAGUUUGUACUUCGACGCGAUUUUUCAAAGAGAGAACAGCGUCUCCGAUGCUGUAUCAAACACUUUUGCUUGGACAGUCGAUGGUUUCCCGCCAUCCACCACUUCAGAAUCAAUCGACACAAACGGCUCAAAUUCUCCGAGAGAGUCUCGACGAUCUUCCUUUUCUUCCUCGCCCAAAUCAGAAGAAGAAGAGCUAGUAGAUCACCAUCGCAUAGCUUUGGAGAAGGAGCUACUUGAAGAGACUCAAAAUCGGGAGGCUAUGUCUCAGAGCCUUCAUUCCUUCUUGGCAGAUGAAGGAGAGGUUUUCUUCGUCUGCGGGAAAGCGGGCAGUGGAAAGUCAACGCUCAUGAAAUUCCUUAGCCAUCACUCCAGCGUAAGAGAAACGCUGGUGGAUUGCGCCAGCAAACGAAAGCUUGUGAUCGUCAACACAUUCUUCUGGAGCUCUGGCGAUCCUCUUCAGAAGUCUCUUGAGGGAUUCUACCGCGCUGUUCUCUUCCAUACUUUAAGGCAGUGCCCUGAACUACUUGAAACGGUCAUUCCAACUCUUACUGGGAUAGGCUUCUCCCCUCUUUCAGCAGCCAUAUCACUCUCAGAGUUAGAGGCGGCCUUCAGUCGUUUGCAGUCAUUAGAGAACGCCGCUAGCUAUCUCUUCUGUUACUUCAUUGAUGGGCUAGACGAAUAUGAGGGAGAUCCUCUUGAUCAGAAACAUCUUGCAGAGAUGCUAAGAAAAUGGUCACGGAAAGAUAAUGUCAAGAUAAUUUGCUCAGCCCGGCCAUCGACCGUUACCCUCGACAUCUUUGGCGCCAGCAAGACAUUCUUUGAGCUUCAUAAGUUGACCAAAGCCGACAUACACGCCUUUGCCGAGGAUCAGAUUGGAAAGUAUCUGAGCGAGCCUACUUUCGAAAAAGGUCAAGCGGUAUGUCUGAGUAUGAUUCACAAAAUUGUGGAACGCGCCGACGGUGUGUUUCUCUGGGCAAGCCUCGUCGUCAGGGCUUUGUUGAAUGCGGCUCUAGAACACGAAGACGAGUUUUCUAUCCAAAAGAGGCUGGAAGAGUGUCCCAAAAGUCUCAAUCAACUUUUUCAUCAGAUGCUUGACAGCAUUGAUCCAUCUCCAUCCGUGAGAUUGCGGUCGACGAUUCUCUUGCAGCUGUUAGCAAGCGAGCCCAGAAUCCGUCUCAACGCCCUGGCGCUCUCGUGGCUGGACGAAUCUCGUACUUUGCGAUCGCUAAUGGGUCUACCCAGGCGCUCAAAUCAUGACAAGUACACCGAGACUCGGAUUGAAACAGAGCACAGGAAAGCACGAAGCCAGUUGCACACCUUGACAAGGGGCUUGGUUGAGAUGGAGGCAAGUGAACAUUUGGCAUACCUCAUAAGUACCAAACACGGCUGUGGGUCCUACUACCAAACCUACUUUUGCUUUUUCCAUCGGACCGUCAGAGACUUUCUUGCGAAAGAAUGGUUGCCAAGCCUAGUUCAACGGCCGCUCAUAACAGCCGAGCAAGAGGCAGCAGUAAAGGCCGAGCUUCUGAUAGCAGAGAUUAGACAUUGUCCCGAACCGCAUCUCCAUUUGUCGGAACAUGCUUUUCCUGGUUGUUACUUCAAGGUGUUAGACUUUUUCAUCUCUUUUCAGUUCUCUCCAAUUCAGCGUCUAGAUUUUUUUACUGUACUGGUUCAGGAAUUGGCUGUUGUUGUCUGCGGCAAUCAACAACACUCCCCACCUUUGUUAUCACAAAACAUUCUAAUUCCCAAGUCUAAGCAACAAGAGGAAAUGGGUCCAACGGUGUGGGAACCCUUUUCGUUUCUGCACUUCGCUGCGACUUAUGGCAUGGUUCAGUACGUCAAGACGACUGUGGCGAGUAUGGACAAUCCGACUAUUGUUGAUACAUCUAAUGUCAACCUUCUGAUCACGGCCGCGUACUCGUCUGUUCCAGCCUUGGUAGAUUUCUUGCUUCAAGAGGGCUGGCAUCCGAAUGAGCUUGUCAUAACUUGUGGUCUAAAAUCGUCUCUGAAGGGCGAAAGAUGCUUUGUAUCUGUUUGGGAGGCCUUCUUGUACCGUGUCGCAAGUUUUCUGAGCGUCUUUUGCGCUGACGAGUCUCGAACUCCUGUUUGGAAAGUCAGGAACAGAGAGAGUGUGGAGCGCUUGAACGAUAUGUUUUCAAUUGUCGAAAGCUUUCUUCAGUCUGGGGCAGAUGCCGAAGUGGAGAUUCUUGUUUGCAAUGGCACCACUUAUUCGGAACAAGAUGAAGAAGCCGAGACACUGACUAGCCCAGCUUAUAGGGUGUCUUUUUCCCAGAUUCUUCAGUUAGCUCAACCGAAAAAUGCGGUGGCACUCCAAACCCUUUUAGUGAAGCCGAAGCGGAAUGUUCUCGGCAGAAUAUGGGGUCGUACGACAAUGCGGAACCCUAAAAGUCGAAUCGAACUCGCAAAAUACCCUAUGGCUACUAUGGAAUAUUUAAUGAAAGAGAAGUGGGAAGCAAAAGGGCUUGUUUCUCUAGCGGCGAAUCGUGUUUACCUCGGAUUUGCGUAUGCUGUUAACAUAGCUAAUUCUCAUUGA